AUGAGUGAGGUGUUCGAAGGCUACGAGCGUCAAUACUGCGAGCUCUCCGCAAAUCUCUCACGAAAAUCUAACUCCGCCGCCCUUCUUCCUGACCAUGAGCAGAAGAAGCAGAGGUUUUCUGAGAUUAAAGUUGGCUUGGACGAUGCUGAUGCUUUGAUUCGGAAAAUGGACCUUGAAGCCAGAAGCUUGCAGCCGAGUGUAAAGGCGGUGCUUCUUGCUAAGCUAAGGGAAUAUAAAUCCGAUCUCAAUAACUUGAAAAGGGAAAUCAAAAGAAUUACAUCACCUGAUGCUAAUCAGGCUGCUCGCGAAGAGCUGUUGGAGUCCGGAAUGGCUGAUGUCCAUGCGGUUUCUUCUGAUCAAAGAGAGAGAAUGACAAUGUCUGUUGAGAGAUUAAAUCAAUCAAGUGAUAGAAUCACGGAGAGUAGGAGAACCAUACUGGAGACUGAAGAGCUUGGUGUUUCCAUUCUCCAAGAUUUGCAUCAACAACGGGAAACUCUCCUGCAUUCCCAUCAAAAACUUCAUGGGGUAGAUGACGCCAUUGACAAGAGUAAAAGAGUUUUAACUGCCAUGUCACGGAGGAUGACCAAGCAUAAAUGGAUCAUCGGCUCAGUCAUCGGAGCUCUUAUCGUUGCAAUCCUGUUUAUUCUAUAUUUUAAGUUUUCUCAUCAUUAA